AUGGAGAAGGAUUCGCCGACAGACAUUACUAGACUCGAAUCCACUAAUACAGACGUUGAUCUAACAUCUCCCCCUUCGCAACCAGUGGAAUCAACCCAUGAGCAGCUGGAGGAUGCGGAACCUAUCAUGGACGGUAUGCUGUCGCUGGUCGAAACAUUCUUUGACACGAUCUACCCGCUGCCCUCAUGCCGCGACCGAUCUGUACACAUGGACCUCCUAUCAGCCAUCUGUGCCGUGACAUCUCUCCACCUACGGCGCGAGCCUCCAGAGCUAAGUUCAUGGAUCCAAACCGCCGAGCAGAGCAUAUGGAUGAAUCUCGAGUGCCCAACCGUCCCUCGUCUUCAGACCCUCCUCCUGAGCAUCUACUAUUGGGUGGAAUCCGGCCGCUUCCAGAGAGCAUUCAUGUUGACGGCCCUUGCAGCUAGGUUUGCAGCGGCUAUGCGUCUCAACUAUGAAAGGCCAGAUCUCGAUCCGACUGCGCGGGAGGUCCGCCGACGCAUCGUUUGGUCGCUCAAGAUUAUUGAAAGAUACUUCUCUGUCGGGUUACCAGAGUUUGAGCUGUGUCCGAUUGAGGCAAUAUACAUCAACUUUCCCAAGUCUGAGGAUGAGUUUGAGUCCUCACGUCCCGGAGAGCAAUCCGCCUAUAAAUUAUAUACCCGACUUGAGGUAAUCCGACGAGACAUCAUGAAGCUGGGCAGAGGGCUACAUCCUCUGGAUCAGCCUCUCUCUUCUCUAGUUGAGCUCAUUCGGCACCAUGAAAAUAUCCUGUCUGAGUUUUCUGCCGAGCUGCCGUAUGGCAGUCGCAUCACAUCAGCACAAGUCGCCAGUCUUCUUGACAAUCCAUGGUUGCCUAGGUUGUUGGCAAUGCAUGUCUCUUGGCAUCAAGCAAAUUGCGACUUAUACCGUAUUCUCGUCUCGGGCUAUCCAGACGCUGCACCAUCUGUUGUCUUAGACGCCGUCGAUUCCGCCCGACUUCUGUUUGCCGAAGAGCAAUGUCUCAAGCAUGCCACAAAUGCCAUCCAAAUCCUCACAACUUUAAAUCAAGAGAGUGCGUCUCGCCAUAUGCUUGAAUUCGACACCGCGAUUUGCGCGUACCAUGCAUCGCGUCUGGUUCUCUAUAUCUCUCGGUUUGGAAAGAGCCCAAGCCGACCAACGCCAGAGUUUGCCGCAAGCAGGGCUGAACUUUGUGUCGUAGCCCUCAAAAGAUUUUUUCCUGCAUGUGUCCCAGUGGCACCUAUCAUCAAGGAGUUGGAAAGCUCUGUCGUUGUGUUCUUACAAAAACACAACCAUGGGCAUGACACAUGGAGUGGUUCAUCAUCCACGGCAAGAAGACCGCCCCUGACGAACGCUAACCCAUUACAUGAGCAGCCAACAGUAUCCCCAGCAGCGGAAACACAGAGACUUGCCAUUCAUAGCUUGUUGCGGCAAGCAGAGUUUUCUGAUGCUGAAGAUGAUCAUCUGUUGCCCACUCGUGCACAGUCCGCUGCCGAGCCCAGCCAGGGCUUCCCAACACCUCCAUCUAACGCACCUACUUCAGCGCCGCCUGUGAUUGAUAACUCCCUCAAUCCUUUGAACACAUCCAUUAGCCCAGCUUCGAGAGCAAGUGGUAUUGGAAACCGACUUUCUUCAGAUGAUUCAGGAGUUACAGGAGCAAAUUCCAGCUGGUGGGGUCAGAACAUGCCAUUAGCGAUGGGCCCCGUCCCUGAUGCGUUUGAGGAUGGAGUGUACCCGUUUCUUUCUUGGACCGGACGUCAAGAUUGGGAAUGGCUAUUAGAGUCGCCCAAAUAA